AUGGACUCCAUACCUGCGGGGCGAGACUCCAGCUCCUCGCCAAGCUCCAAACAAGAACUUUCCUACACCAGCACAAACCUCAAGCCCAACCAGGUCGGUGAGACGGUGCUGUACGGAAUACCCAUCGUGUCACUGGUGAUAGAUGGCCAGGAGAGACUUUGUCUUGCACAGAUUUCCAAUACCCUGUUGAAGAAUUACAGCUAUAACGAAAUACACAACCGGCGCGUGGCACUUGGGAUCACCUGCGUCCAGUGCACCCCUGUCCAGCUGGAGAUCCUGCGGCGAGCCGGGGCAAUGCCAAUUUCCUCAAGGCGCUGUGGGAUGAUAACUAAACGUGAGGCCGAGAGACUUUGCAAAUCAUUUCUUGGAGCUCACUCGCCUCCAAAACUUCCAGAAAAUUUCGCAUUCGAUGUGUCCCACGAAUGCGCCUGGGGGAGUCGAGGUAACUUCAUUCCGGCUAGAUACAACAGCUCCAGGGCCAAGUGCAUCAAGUGCUCCUAUUGUAACAUGUAUUUUUCUCCAAAUAAAUUUAUAUUUCAUUCGCAUCGCACGCCGGAGUCGAAGUACACACAGCCAGACGCAGCUAAUUUUAAUUCUUGGAGGCGGCAUCUCAAAUUAUCAGAUAAAAACUCACCGGAUGAGAUAGCACACGCAUGGGAAGAUGUGAAGGCCAUGUUCAAUGGUGGCAGUCGCAAGAGGACGUUGCCCUCGAGUGGGUCAGAGUCCACCUCUUCGUUAAAAUCACAGGGGCCCAACCUUCCCCGAGAAUCACCAGAGAUCCCUGCAAAAAUCCUGCGCUGCGAGGAUAACCGGGGAGGCAUGAACAUAACGAGCACACGUAGCUACCCUGUCAUCCCCGUGCCUAGCAAGGGCUUUGGGAUGCUUCAAAAGAUCCCACCGCCGCUCUUCCCGCAUCCAUACGGUUUCCCAGCCUUUGGCCUGUGCCAGAAGAAAGAAGACGGCAUGAUGGGAGAGCAGAGCAAGCCCGGCCUGUCAGGUGUCCUCUGGCCAGGUACCAAGGACAGCGCCUAUCACUCCUUCCCUAUGUUUUGGCCCACAGCAGGCGGCCUGCCCAUGCCCCCGUACUCCCAGUCUCAGCAUAAAGCCCCUUCGGAGCUCCUGUGCCCAUCUAGACAAAACGACAUGGACCUAUCUGAGCACAGUGACAGGAGCACUAACACCUCAAAAGACAGCUUGGUUGACAAUGAGCGAUGCUCCAGCACCCAGUCCACGCGUAACGAUGAGGAAAAGUCAGGGGAUGAAGCGAGGCCGAUGGAGGGGAUGAGCCUCACACCCCGGAAAAUCAGCUACGUGUCUGCAUUUAGACCUGUCAUUAAAGACGCUGACUGUAUUGCCAAGCUGUACGGCAACAGAGGCGCUUAUAACGGAUGUCGCACCGGCUACUUAUCACCCGAUUUUCUAAGUGAGAGCUCCAGCUACAGAUCCAUGUCUCCUUGUGUGGACAGCGAGGGCGAACCAGACGUGGAUGUGGAGACAAACAAGACCCCAGAGGACGAGGACUCACGCCCUCUGUCCUCGGCAUGUCCUCGGACUCCUCCGGGCCUGGCACACAGUGUUUCACCCAGUGAUGCAGACUCCAAGACUAUGCAGGCCAGUCUUGCUGAUUCCCAGAAGAUGAGCUUACAUGUGGCCCAGCCUUCAGAAAGAGAACUACAAAGCAAGCAGCUAUCAGAGGCCCAUAUGGCCGCAUCUUUCACUGAAGUGUAUACACCGGAGAGGGGUGAGCUGCAACAAAGGAGCACUUCGUAUCAGUUCAGACCGGCAAAUUACCAGAGUGGACUGCUUACAUCAAAUGAUGAAAGUGCAAGUAAAGAGGAGCCGUCUUCCACUGUGGAAGAGAUUGAAACGAAAUCUUUUAUUGAGCAAGGCAACGAGGAUAACCAGCGAGAGCCGGAUGAGGGCGAGGAGGCGACAGCCAGGACUCCACCAGUACAAAAAGACAUAGAAACCCUGGCAAAAGAGGAACUGCAGAAACAGCUGUUGGAGCAAGUUGAACUGAGGAAAAAGUUGGAACGUGAGUUUCAAAAUUUAAAAGAUAAUUUUCAAGAUCAAAUGAAAAGGGAACUUUCCUACAGGGAGGAAAUGGUUCAGCAGCUUCAUAUCGUCAGAGAAGCUCACGACGCAUUACAUCAUUUCUCCUGUAAGAUGUUAACUCCGCGCCACUGCGCUGGGACCUGCUCCUUCAAAUCUCCCCUGCUACCACCGUAA